UUAAGUAGCUUUAUACAACAGCAAUUUCAAUUUAAAGAGAAUAAAUUAUUCGAUGUCUCAAAAUUCCCGAAUAUCGUCGGUACUAUCUUCAAAUGAGACUCGCUUAAUUAAGCGUGUUUCGAUUGUAGAAAGGAAUUUGAAUAAAACAAAAGGAGCAGAGGUUGGGCUUGGAGCUUUUGCGUUUCUUUUUUCAGAAAUGCUACAGUAUGCACAAAAAAGAGUACAUGGGAUUCAAGAUCUUGAACGCAAAUUGAAUGAUUUUGGAUAUCGGGUAGGAACUCGUCUAUUAGAAUUAAUUGUUUGGAGAGAUAAAAAUAGUAAAAGGGAGACACGUGUUUUAGGUAUAUUAUAUUUUAUUCAUACCACGGUUUGGAAAACACUAUUUGGUAAACAAGCAGAUACUUUAGAAAAGAGUACAGAAAAUGAAAACGAAUAUAUGAUUUCAGAUAAUGAUCCUUUGAUAAGUAAGUAUAUUUCAGUACCCAAAGAAUUAUCUGAAUUAAAUUGUAAUUCGUUUCUAGCAGGAAUUGUUGAAGCAAUAUUGGAUGGGGCUCAAUUCCCUUCUCGAGUUACUGCUCAUACGCUGCCAAUUGAUGGUUUCCCCUUACGCACAACUAUAUUUAUCCAAUUAGACAAAGAAAUUUUACAAAGAGAGGAUCAACUCAAAUAAAAGUCUAUAGACCGACUAUUUAAUGAUUUUUUAGGAAUUUCUUUAUGUAUUUUUUUUUUUAAUUUUACUACAAGAAAAUUAAAUUAAAAUUAUUUUUGCUUCUUUGUUCCAAGAGAAGCACGCUUUCCUUGACCUUUCUUUGGAGCUCCUUUACCACGUUUCUUUCUUUUAGCAAUUUCUU